GCUCGACACUCGAUGGCUCAUGCCUGAUGUGUUAACGGCAUCCUCAUCUCGAGUUCCUGAUUCGGCGCGUUUGUUUCUUCCAGUCGUUCAGAGUUGGAGCUGAGAGAAAUUAAACGUAGAUGCCCUUUGUAUAGUCGCGUAUGGACUUUUCUUGACUGCACAUGUUGCCGAUAUGUUAGCUUUUCCUAAACACGUAUGCAGGCACAUCAGUACUUUCCCUGUCGUACGAGGAGUCCUUGUAUUGGGAGGCAGCGCACACGAGGGCGAAGCAAAGGCGAGAAACAACGGCAGCUGUCAAGUGGAAACUGACCAACAAGGGCCGAGGAAUGGAGAAGUAAAAGAAGCCGGCUGCUGUUUCAGAAGGAGGCGGGUACACGCGACACUGUCGAUCAUAAUGCAGUAUUGUGCCUUAUUGUAGACGUCAGCUAUUGUGUCCCAUUUGUUGGAACAGAAGCGGCGAAUGCCAUACUGUAGACGUUAGGCAGCUGCACGUCUUGUCUGUUUACAUCCUAAACUGGAGAACACAAGGAGACAAAGAAAUUAUCCAUCAUUUAUCAAGCACCUGCUUACCCAUACAUCUGAAGAUGGCCGGUGUAGGUCACUUCCAAGCCGGCUGUACAUCGGUCUCGGAGAUAACCAGUUAUUCCUCAGACAGAUAUGCCCGAUUUAUAUUGGCACAGAUUAACAAAUUGAGGAUUCAGCAAGACUUCUGUGAUGUCCAGUUACAGGUUGGAGGACAGCUUUUCCAAGUGCACAGGCUUGUACUUGCUGCCAGUAGCCCCUACUUCUCAGCCCUAUUUGCUGGGGGCAUGAGGGAAGUGGACAAAGACGUUGUUCAGAUUCUAGGAGUAGAAGCACAUGUCUUUGAACUGCUUCUUGAUUUUAUAUACACAGGGAUAAUAAAUGUCAAUGUAGACAAUGUCCAAGAACUGAUGAUUGCAGCAGAUAUGCUCCAGCUGAGUGAGGUGGUCACUAUGUGCUGCGAGUUUCUUAAAGUGCAAAUGGAUCCACUGAACUGCAUUGGCAUCUAUCAGUUCCUGGAGCAGAUUGCCUGUUUCGACAUGAUGGAGUUUACGGAAAACUACAUUAAUGUGCAUUUUCUAGAGGUUUGCAUCGGGGAUGAAUUUGUAGGAUUAUCAAAAGAACAACUGGUGAAAAUACUGCGAAGUGAAGAGCUACGGAUUGAGGAUGAAUACCAGGUCUUCACUGCAGCCAUGAACUGGAUCCUUAAAGAUGUGUCAAAGAGAAAGAAGCAUGUGGUUGAAGUGCUGGACCCUGUCCGGUUUCCCCUGCUUUCUCCUCAGAGGCUAUUCAAGUACUUAGAAGGCAUUUCUGAUUUCAGCCUGAGAGUGGCACUACAGACGCUUUUGAAAGAAUACACAGAGGUGAAUAAAUCUCCUAAAGAAAAGACGUUAUGCUUAUUGCAUCCAUCAAAGACUCGACCUCGCAGAAAAGCAAGAAAAUAUCUCUAUGCUAUCGGAGGAUACACUCGCUUGCAAGGAGGACGCUGGAGUGACAGCCGGGCUCUGAGCUGCGUGGAGCGCUUUGAUUCAUUCAGUCAGUACUGGACAACAGUGUCUUCUCUGCAUCAGGCACGCAGUGGGCUGGGAGUGACUGUUUUAGAGGGCAUGAUAUAUGUCAUUGGAGGUGAAAAAGAUUCAAUGAUAUUUGACUGUGCUGAACGAUAUGAUCCAGUCACUAAACAGUGGGCAGCUGUGGCUUCCCUCAACUAUCCAAGAUGUGGUGUUGGUGUCUGUUCUUGCCAUGGAGCCAUUUAUGCCUUAGGGGGCUGGAUUGGAUCAGAGAUUGGAAAGUCUAUGGAGAGGUACGAUCCUGGUGAGAAUAAGUGGGAAAUUGUUGGAAGCAUGGCAGUUCCCCGCUACUAUUUUGGCUGUUGCGAGUUACAAGGUUUCAUUUAUGUAGUAGGAGGGAUUAGUGACGAAGGGAUUGAAUUGCGCUCUGCAGAGGUGUACGAUCCCAUCUGUAAACGGUGGCAGUCCUUGCCCGUUAUGUCCACAAGGAGAGCAUACGUGGGUGUCGCCAGCCUCAAUAACUGCAUUUAUGCUGUGGGGGGCUGGAAUGAGGCUUUGGGCUCCCUUGAAACCGUGGAAAAAUAUUCACCAGAGGAGGAGAAAUGGACAGAGGUUUCCCCAAUGGCAGUGCCUCGAGCAGGAGUCUCAGUAACUGCUGUCAAUGGGCUCCUUUAUGCUGUUGGUGGCCGAGCAUCUACUGAUUUUUCUGCUCCAGUCACCAUGGAUUCGGUGGAGAUAUACGAUCCCCAUCUGGAUACCUGGACAGAAAUCGGGAACAUGAUAACCAGCCGCUGUGAUGGAGGUGUUGCUGUGCUGUGAAUUUUUUCUGUCUGCCACCUGCUCCCCAGUGUGUUCUUAAGCUAAAGACAGAGGUGGAAAGCUGCAUAAAGUCUUAGCUGUAAUCCAGUGGGAAGGAUUAUUGUCGGCCAGUUUGCUCCUGACCUGAUCUCGGUGUUUGACUGAUGGACUUGUCAGGAUGGCUGCUGGGCUGUAGCCAGGAGGCAGUGUUUAACUGCGUACAGGUGGAGUGCUACAACCUUCUUAAAGCUUUUCAGGUACUGCUUUCCAAACUGAGGAUUAUUCUAGCUUCUCAAGAGUGACGUCAAAUUCAAUGCUCUUGGGUUUUACUAGACAAAUAAAAGACUGAACUACAGAAAUGUGAUGUGCUUGGGCUGUUUAUGUCUAGCUUGUCAGGUUCUGUUUCUGCUUUGUCCUCAUAGACUCUCUUUGAAAUUGGAUGAGCUUUUGUACGAGGUCUUUGUUUAAUGCAGUGCAGUGUAAUACUUCAUUGUGUUGGUUCUGAGUACAUUAAAGAUAUUUAGUUCAGUUUAAUGAAGUGACUGGCCCACUGGAAGCAUUUAUUCAAACUGGUUUAGUUUGACAACAAUUUGACCAUUCUAACUCAAACAAGAACAUUAAAAUCUACAAACCCAAAAGUGGCUGCUGCUGUCUUACCCCCUUAU